AUGGGUAGCCUUGGGAAGCCACACGCAGGGCCCCCUGCUCACAUGGGAAUGAGCUUUACACCUACAAUCCAUCAUGACACAUACUCAGCAAUUAACACCUCAGCAAGUGUUGGGAUGGUGGGCAAACAUGUCUUUCUUACUGGGGCCUCCCGUGGCCUGGGGAAGGGAAUGGCCAUCGCUUAUGCUAAGGCGGGAGCCUCUAUCAUAGGCAUUUCCGCACGGUCUGAAUUGGACUCAGUCAAGAAGGAAAUCGAAGAUGCGGCAGUGUCGGUUGGCAGACAGGUUCCGAAGGUGGUGACUGUGGAGAUGGAUGUGAUGGAGCCUGACAGUGUGCAACUUGCUGUGGAGAAGAUCACGCCAAUGUUUGAGGGUAGACUCGACAUCCUCAUCAACAAUGCUGGCUAUAUGGAGACAUGGACUCCAAUUCAAGAUGCCAACGUCGACGACUGGUGGACGUCGUGGAAUGUCAAUAUCAAAGGUCAAUUCCUGGUCUGGAAGGCCAUGUUGCCGUUGAUUUUGGAAGAUGAUUCCAGCCUCAAGACCAUGGUCAACCUGUCAAGCAUCGGGGCCCAAAUGAGCACUCCUGGAGCCAGCGCGUAUCAAACGGCCAAAUUUGCCCUUCUCCGACUGACCGAAUUCCUCAACGUCGAGUAUGGGGAAAGAGGCCUGAUUGCUUACUGCAUGCACCCCGGGGCAGUGCCAACAGAGCUUGCAUGGAAAAUGCCCGACUUUGUCAAGGUCAACCUCAUUGACACGCCCGAGUUGAUGUCUGACACAGUGGUGUUCUUGACCCAGAAAAGGCGAGAGUGGUUGCGAGGACGGUACUUGUCUAGCAACUGGGAUAUGCAAGAGCUGCUGGCCAUGCAGGAUGAAAUCGUGGAGAAAGACAUGCUGAAAAUGAGGAUGGUGGUUUGA